AGUAAUGAGGUCAGUAUAGAUGGAGGACAGUGUGCAGUAAUGAGGUCAGUAUAGAUGGAGGACAGUGUGCAGUAAUGAGGUCAGUAUAGAUGGAGGACAGUGUGCGGUAAUGAGGUCAGUAUAGAUGGAGGACAGUGUGCAGUAAGGAGGAUCGUGUACAUAUUGAUAGGGAGCAGGAAUGGUUAAUGUGGGUGUAGAGAAGAGGUGAUGAUGUCUCCUCCAUGGUAUAAAGGGACAGGCAGGGAGGCAGUGAUCACAGUCAGUGGAUGAGCCCGGCUGCUGCCCACCUACCUGCUGCUGACGCGUUGUCUCUCAGUUCCCGGUAACACAGAACCUGGAGCUGGUACCCUGGCCUCACCACUACUGGUCACACACUGGAGACAGGACAAGGAAUAUGCUGGUCCUAAUUCUGGUUCUACAGCUCAGCCUGCUCCAGGCCUGCCCUCCGGAGAACCCUACAGGUGGAGAUCCUCCUCUUCAGCCAUUGGUGGAUUUUCCUGGCGGAGACAUCCAGAAGAUUCCCACCCCCGAUGAUGUCUCCUGCCAGCUCCUGUGCACCAAUCACCCCAACUGCACCUUCUUCUCUUACCACUCUGUGGACCCCAUCACUGGGCAGAGGAGCUAUGAUUGUUACCUGAAGACAUCGGACACAGACGUCCCCGAGACUCGGGUGCCUAAUCCUGGGGGGACGUCCGGCUUCUCUCUUCCUAAGACUCCAGAACAUGUGACACGGUGUCUCUCCAGCUCCUAUGAUGAUGUGGAGUUUGUGGGUAACGUGCUCUCCUUCGGGUAUGUGAACAGCAGUGAGGAGUGUGAAGCGGCGUGUACGAGGAACCCAGGGUGCCAGUUCUACACGUACUACCCAGAGAGCGACCCGGGGCGGCGCUGCUACCUACAGUACUCCACCAACCUCCCGUCACCUCCGAACAUCACCGUCACCCCAGGGGCGCAGUCUGGAUUCAGUCAGAGAGCCUGCUGUAGGGGAAGUCAAUGUAUGAAUGGCUGCGCUGACCUCAUCCUCCCCAAUACACUCUUCUCCGGGACGCUGAUCGAAACCUUGAAGGUGUUUGAUGUUCUGAUAUGUCAGCAGCUUUGUACCCAGAAUCCUCUCUGCCAGUUCUUCAGCUACUCCCUGCACCAAAGCUCCUGGUGUGAAUGCUACCUGUGGAGCUCAGACUCCGGCCUCCCCGACAACGUCACCUCUGUGCUGAAUAUGUAUUCUGGAUUCACCAAAAAGGCGACAGAACCAGGCUUCCUCGGCUGUGCUGACCUGCUCCUGCCUGACUCUGAGUACUCUGGCAUUACAGUGCUGGACACUGAGGUGGACACCGUGGAGGAGUGCCAACAUCUCUGCACCAGCCACGACCUCUGCCAGUUCUUCACAGUGCUUCCUGGAGAUACCAAUACAGCCAGUGGCAUGAGUAUUUGUUCUCUGAGAUUCGCUGCAGGAAACAUCCCCACCUCAGUGUCACAUCUGGAGAUGGCCAUUUCUGGAUUCUCCCUGCAAUACAACACUGUCCAGAAAAGAUCACCGGACUGCUCGUCUCUCUUGUUCCCGGAGUUGGAGUUCUUUGGCUCUGUUGUAGAUGAUGUCUCUGCUGUGGAUGUUGGGAGUUGUAGGUCCUUCUGCACUGAACAUCCUGACUGCAAAUUCUUCACAUUUUACUGGGCUCCUGAGCUAGACGGCUACAGGUGCAGCCUGAGAGACAGCCCCCUGGGGGCCCCGGAGGAGUUCUUCCCUGCAACCAAUGCCACCUCAGGAUUCAGCCUACAGGCCGAAGGUAAUGUGGACUGCUCAACUCUACUCUUCCCGAACAUCACUUUCUCCGGAUCUCUGAUCGGAUAUAUCUUGGCUCCAGAUGCCACUUUCUGCCAGCGUCUGUGCACCCAGACACCUCCAUGCCAAUACUUUACUCAUCUGAGCAUAGACUGGACCCUGGAUGAGCGCAGGUUUUACUGCUUCCUGCAAAGCGGUGACCAAGGAAUUCCCAGCAAUGUCUAUCACCUGCCCAAUGCUGUAUCCGGCUUCACCAAACCUCUAACCGGUGUCCAUGUAGAGUGUGUGACUCAGGAAUAUCAGGAUCUGAACUUCCCUGGAUAUGAGGAGCGCAGCCUGAAAACACUGUCCUAUAUGGAAUGUCAGGAAAUCUGCACCCAGGACCCAUUGUGUAACUUUUUCACUUUCUUUAACCAGAUGGAGCUUCUUUCAGAUCAGAUGAACACCUGCUAUCUGAAGAGUGUGAUGUCUGUCCCAGUGCCUGAGAUAAUAAAAUAUUACCCUGGCGUCACGUCUGGUUUCCCACAAAGGAGCUGCAAGAGUCAAACAUCAGAUUCUCCACCGGACUCGUUGCCUUCAUGUUAGAAGUACAGGAUGUGUUCAAUAGAAGACUGGAGAAGACCAUUGUGACUACACAUUGUGCCUCCUCAACAGAACAUCACCCCCACAAGCUAUGUCCUGGGAGAAGUCCCUGCCCCCCC